AUGGAAAUUGUUUGGGAGGUGCUUUUUCUUCUGCAAGCGAAUUUCAUUGUCUGCAUUUCAGCUCAACAAAAUUCACCGAAAAUCCAUGAGGGCUGGUGGGCAUACAAGGAAGUGGUCCAGGGAAGCUUCGUUCCAGUUCCCUCCUUUUGGGGUUUGGUGAACUCAGCUUGGAAUCUUUGCUCUGUUGGGAAAAGGCAGUCACCCGUCAAUAUCGAAACCAGCCAUAUGAUUUUUGAUCCAUUCCUAACUCCGCUUCGCAUCAACACAGGGGGAAGAAAGGUCAGCGGGACAAUGUACAACACAGGGAGACACGUUUCUCUACGAUUAGACAAAGAGCACUUGGUGAACAUCUCUGGAGGGCCGAUGACAUACAGCCACCGCCUGGAGGAAAUCCGGUUACACUUCGGAAGUGAGGACAGCCAGGGAUCAGAGCACCUUCUCAACGGACAGGCGUUCUCUGGGGAGGUUCAACUGAUCCACUACAACCACGAGUUGUACACAAAUGUCACAGAAGCUGCAAAGAGUCCUAAUGGGUUGGUGGUAGUUUCCAUAUUUAUGAAAGUAUCUGAAUCAUCAAAUCCAUUUCUAAAUCGUAUGCUUAACAGAGACACUAUAACAAGAAUAACGUAUAAAAAUGAUGCAUACUUACUACAGGGGCUUAACAUUGAGGAGCUUUACCCAGAGACCUCUAGUUUCAUUACAUAUGAUGGGUCAAUGACAAUUCCACCCUGCUACGAAACAGCAAGCUGGAUAAUAAUGAACAAACCCGUCUACAUAACAAGAAUGCAGAUGCAUUCCUUACGACUGCUAAGCCAGAAUCAGCCAUCACAGAUUUUUCUGAGCAUGAGCGACAAUUUCAGACCAGUCCAGCCCCUCAACAAUCGAUGUAUCCGAACUAAUAUCAACUUUAGUUUACAGGGAAAAGAUUGUCCAAACAAUAGAGCACAGAAACUACAGUAUAGAGUAAAUGAAUGGCUCCUCAAGUAAGACAGAGCAGGCAGAACCCAUAACCUCAGUGGAAUGCUACUACUGUGAUUGACAUAAUCUAGAAUGCACCCAAACUCACUUUCUUUGGGUUCGUGAC